UGUUCCAUAGGAUACACACGCCCCUCUCCGCCCCUGCCGCGAGACAGGUGGUUGGACUAUAUGCCAUCCUCAUCGAGCCCUAAGCAAAAAAAAAUCUGUUGACAGCAGGGACGGGUAGGUUGGCGCGAGCGCGUCCCCGAUGGACUUCCAGCGUGUGACCUCCCCGAUCACCGGGCGGAAAGCGGGAGAGGGGGGCAACAACCGGAACGCACGAGGAGAGCCCCGCCGAUCUACUACCAAAUGUUUUCCAGCGAAUUGCUCGAGCUGCUGUUCACGCGAGGGGGUCUACCGACAGAGGAAUGAGAUGCACGAGUAGAAAGUUGACACGAUUUGAGUGGGAAUUUUCAUCUGAGAGGCGGCAGGAUAAUUUCUGACAAUCCUCCGGUCUGGGAAGUUCCCUUGGGAGUGGGUUCGUUAUGGCUUCAGGCGCCGGUAAGGCUACACAGCCCCCCGGGCCGGGCUCAGCCGUUAACGGGACUGCGGCAGAGUUCCCGAACAUCGAGCAGGAACUGUACGAUUACCAGAUGCACAGCAAGAUGUGCAAGAAGAUCGCACAGCUCACCAAGGUGAUUUAUUCUCUGAACAUGAAGAAUGAGGAGCAGGAGGUGGCCCUGCAGGCCUUGAGCCAUGCUCAUCACGAGGAGCUGCACCGCAUCCUGAUGGAGACAUGUCAUGAAGGGGAGGGGUCAGCGCUGAGGACACGCCUCCUGGAGCUGCAGGAGUCUCUGGAUGAGCAGCAGAGAGUUGGAGCCCAGGUGCAGGCAGACUUUGAGUGCUUCCGCCUCCAGGUGGGGGAGAGGGAGCGUGAAACUGAGGCGGAGCUGAGAAAAGAGUUUGAGGAGAGGCUGCAGGCUGCAGAGGAAGAGCUCCAAGAGGCCAAAGCCCAGAUGAGCGAUGCCCAGGAGGAGAGCCUGCGGUUGAGCAAAGAACUGGAGAAGACCAGGGAGCAGAUCCAGGAGCUGGAUGCCAAGUGUGAGGAGCUACGGAAAGCAUCUGACGCGGAGAGGCAGAGCAAAGAGGAGCAGAGACAGAGAGAAGAAGAUGUGAAAAAGAAAGGGGAGGAGGAGGAGAAACAAACACAGGAGCGACAGGACUCGGAAAGAGUAAAAGCACUAUUAGAGGAGGUAAAGGCACUGAAGGAGGAGAGGGAUCGAGCAGAGGAGGAGAGGAGGCGAGCAGUGAAAGAGGAGACAGAGCGGUGGAAGCAAAAUAUGAACGACCUCAACGAGGAGAAAGAGGAAAUGAGGAGGAUGAUGGAGGCAGAGUGGAGGGAGGAGCGGCGGAGGUGGGAAGAAAGAGAAGAGGAGGAGAAGAAAGGAAUGCACAGCGCUCUACGAGAAAGAGUGAAGAGGGCUGAAGCUGAGGUGGAAAGUCACCUGGAGAGGUUGGCUGAGAGCAAGAGAAACACCGUCAAACUGCAAGAGCGAAUACAGGACCUGGAGGAGGAGCUAGAGCUGGAUCGGAGGCGUGUGUCAGAGGCCGAGGGUGUGGCUAAGCGGGCGGAGGAGGAGCUCACGGUCGCCAAAGAGAGGCUGCUGCUCCAGGAAGACGAGCUGCAGAGCAGAGCAGAGGAGCUGCUGAACCGCGGCAGCUGUGAGGUGUGUGUGUGUACUGAAGUGGAGGAACUGAGGAACCAGGUGAGCCGUCUGCAGAGCAAGAACAGAGAGCUGGAGCUACAGAGCAGCGGCCGAAACAGCGACCACGCCCGGCAGAUACGCCAGCACGCUGAGGCACUGUCCAGUUUGCGCUCUGAGAUGGUGAGAGCCCAGACAGAGGAGCUGCGUCGCAUCCAAAAACAUGCGGACGAUGAGAGGGACAAACUGCAGAAGGAGAUAGAAAAAGAGAGAGAAACCUUACAGAAGGAAAGAGAAAGAGAAAAGGAUCAGUUGGAGAAAGACAGAAACAGACUGCGCAGAGACAGAGAGGAGGAGAAGGGAGCGCUGGAAGAGAUCAGAGAACGUCUGAGGAGAGAAAAGGAGGAAGAGGUGGACCGGCUGCGGAAGGAACUGGAGGUCGAGAGGGUUCGUGUUCGCUCGCAGUUGGACAAGAGCAUUGAACAGGUCGAGGCGGAGAGAGCCAACGUGCAGCAGAAGCUGGAAGAGGAGAAGAAGAGAUUGGUGGAGAAGGCUGAGGAAGACAGGAAACGGUUGAAGGAGCAAGUGCGGAAGGCAAUAGAGGAGGUGAUGAGGAGGCAUGCAGCCGAACUUCACAGCGUCCAGGAAGCUCUGAGCUCAGAGAAGAAGACCAACCAAGAGGUGUGUGCACAUUUGGAAGAAGAGAGGAGAACCGGGGAGGAGCUACGCAGCGGGCUGGAGAAGGAAAUAGAGGAGCUGAGGACAAAACUGAGAGAUACUACCAAUGAGAUCUGUAGGCUGGAGUCAGCCAUCCAGCGGCAAGACAAGAAAGAAAAGGUGGCACCUGAAGCUGCGCACUCAUGUGGACCACAGUGCUCUCGUCUGGAGGAAGAGCUUCAUCACACUCGGAGUCGGCUGGCUCGGAUGCAGGAGGAGGCGGAUAGGCAGCGGGACAGGCAGCAGAGAGAGGUCGCGUCCCUGAGAGCUGACAAACACCGACUUGAGGAGAAAGUCCUGGAACAGAGCCGACUGAACACUGAGAGGAGCCUUCUAGAUCAGAGCCAGCGGCAUACAGAGGACCGGAUCAGGGCAGAGUGUGAGGAUCGCCUCAGAGCCGAAUUCAGGAUAGAGAUGAAUGCUGCUGUUGCUGAGAGUGAACAGAGAUGGCAGAACAGAGAGCAGGAGCUGCAGACCCAGAUAUCUGAGCUGCAGAGGGAACUGAGCGAGGAGCAGGCAGCGAAAAAGAAGGCGGGCCAGGGAGAUGACUGUCAUGGCAACACCGAAAUUGACAGGCUGAGGAAAGAGGUCCAAGACACCAAGGAGAUAAACAAGAAACUGAGGGAGUUGCUGCAGGAGCCCCAAACUCAGUCUUCAGCUGAGGAGAGACACAGUCACGCCAUGGCUCUGCAGGCAUUAGAGAGACAGGCGAAAGAAGAUGUGCUGUCUGAAAGGAACAGGCUACAGACAAUGCACCACCUGGAGCUAGAUAAGCAGCGUGCAGAAUUGACCCAGCAGCACACAGAGUGGAGCCGACAGAUGACCCAGCGACACAUGCAGCAGAUAGAAGAUCUACAGGCUCAACUACAGGCACACACACAGAUGAUGGCUCUGCAACAGGAUCUGAAGCAGCAGAACCAGUAUCAGGUGUUUGAACGACAGCUGGAUGAGAGUCGAUGUGCCAUGCUGGAGCUGCAGAGAGAAAAUGCAGCACUGAAGAAGCAAUUAAAGGAAAGGUCAGUGCGGGAGAAUCCUGAAGCUGAAGAGAAAGAAGAGGAAAGCACAGAAUUGCAGAAGAAAAAAGACGCCCAGCUGGAAGAAGAAGCACAACGUCUGAAGGAGGAAGUGGAGAAACUGAGGGUAGAGAUGGAGAAACUGGAGGAGUCACAGAAGCACUGGGAGGAGAGGAAAGAGGAGGAUGUAAAGGAAGAGGAGGUGGACGAGGAGAAGAAGAAGGAACGGGAGGAAGAGAAGAGAAGGGAGGAGGUGGAGGAGAUCCGGAGGGAGCACAAGAGGGAGAUGCAGAGUUUGGUGUCUGAAUACAGCAUCGCCCAGACACACCUGCAGGCUCGCAUAGUAGCCUUGGAGAAUGAGCUGCGCGAGCGGGAAGAGCGGUGCAGGAGGAGGGAACCUCGAUGUGACGACCAGCAGUUGGGGAGACUUCAGGAGAGACUGUCUGAGAGAGACCAGCUCAUUAAACGAUUAGUGGAAGAGAGGCAUCAGCUGCAGCUUCACCCUCCUGUUGCCGGGGACAACAGCACCCUCAGGCUUCGUGACAGCAAGUCCCGCCCCGGGAGCGUCACGCCAACCAUGAGGAGGAAACACGUAGAGUCUCCAACUCGUGUCACCAGCAUCCCCAGCACCGGUACUUACGACAGGAGCCUCUUCCUACCCCACUCCUCCUCAUCGUCUUCCUCCUCAUCCUCCACCCAUCAGCACUCUUCCUCGACCCUCCCCCACCAGUCCACCUCCCACCCUCAGACCUCCCCCCACUACUCCACCUCCUCUCUUCCGCACAAGCACACGUCCCUCUCCCUCAGCCAACAGUCCUCCCCCUCCGUCCCUCGCUCCACCAGAUCCCGGACCUCCUGCAUCCCUCCCACCCCAGCGCCCACCGCCCCGCUCCCCGUCUGCCCCUCGCCACAGAUGGGCAUCCGCUACGUGUCGCCCUCCUGCCAGGAGCCACACGCGCACCUGCAGGCCCAGUCAAUCAGGGGCCCAUAUCUGGAGCAGAGGGGGACAGAGGGGCUAAAACAGGAGUGGUUCACCAAAUACUUCUCCUUCUGAGCACACACACAAACAAACAAACAAACACACACACACACACGCACAGCAGCUGCAAGUACAUUUCCUCAUAUACAGUUCAUUGCUUCUUAUACACAUCCGUUUGCUUCCUACUAACACAAAACACACACACAAAAACAAACAUAACCACAUCAACAGACAUAUGGGCUCAUCACCAGCAAGGCCAUCUCAAACAUUGCCUCAAAGCUCAACCAAAAAGUGCUUCUCAAACACAUGCCUGACCUCUUCUCAGAACAUAGGCCUGCCGGAUCUUGUUUGUAUAGUUUGGAAUGUGUCCAUAUCUUUUUAUUCAUUUAUUUUUUAUUUAAAGCGGUCUUCCUUUUUUUAAAUGCAACCUUUGCUCUGAUCUCAUCACACGGUUAUACCAGGCAAAUGUACAUUUCUUAAAAAUCAACAACCAAGUGUCUCUUCGAGUAUGGAAGCAUUCGACGUAUUCAAUCAAGAUCCUCGACAAAAUGGACACACGCGACUCACCAUACCAAAAUGAAGCUUGUUUCAAUGCAAAAAUGUAUGAUAAUCUUAAAGAACAAAUUGAAUAAAAUAUUUUCUUUUUGUUAA